AUGUUUGCACCUCGACUUGGAGCCAUCGGUCGCCCGGCCGCAAAUCGUGCUUCGCAAUGCCUUCGGACAGGACGAGCAGAAGCUGUUCCUAAGAGCUCAGUACCAUCCCAGGCACAGCGGCAGAGAUAUCAAUCGACUUCUCGGAUAAGCACUGGGCCUUCCCAAUGCCUCCGCCGACCACGACAAGAGAUGCCCAAGAGCAGGAUCCCGGGACAGCGCAGACAUGAAUCCACCUCGACGGCAAAGGCAGCCAAAGCUCUCUUCAAGGCAUAUCCGUACUCUGUAACUGCAGCCUUCGUCUUUAUCCUCUGCGGAGCAGGGACACUCCUGUAUUCUAACUAUAUCUACCACAACUACAUCAUAGGGGCCUUCCACAAAUUCCCUCAACCCGUCGCCAAACAACUUCGCAAAGCCCUCUACUAUACCAAUAUUUCCUUGGACCCGAAACUCGCCGUGAAGUACUACCGCGAGGCUCUCCGUGUCGCUGAUGAGAUUGGCAUGGACCCCUUCUCGGAUGAGAUCAUCGGCGUGAAGAUCCAGGUGGCAGCUUUGAUGGAAAAAGUCCAGCAAUAUCAGAAAGCUAUCGAUAUUCUGGAAAUUGUGAAGAGUGACAAUAUGAAGUGGGUUGAGCAACUGGGCAACGUGCCGGGGAAUGAAGGGAAGAGGACCAGGGUCCUAGGGAAGACAGUGGGCGUUAGUGUGAAGCUAGGAGAGCUGUACGCCAACGAGUACGUGAUGCAGAAGGAUAAGGCGGAGGAGAAUUUGGUUUGGGCAGUUGAGACGGUGGUGAAAGAGCAGCAGAGACGGGAAAAGGAGGGUGUGAAACCUGGUGAGGGAGAUUGGAUGAGCCCAGAAGAAAAUGGCGGGACUUUCGAAGCGUUGGGUCAUCACUACGAAGAAAAGAACCAGCACUACCUUGCUGCUCCCUUGUUUCUCCAGGCUCUCACUCUGGCUCCGCCAUCGAGCUGUCACACAGCUGUCUUAAUGAACAACCUUUCUAUCUCUCUGGCCCAGCAAGAUCCACCAGUGACGCCCGGUGAAAAACCGGUAUCAAGAUCCACUCUCGUCGACAAUGCCCGAGCAUGGGCAGAAAAGGCAAUAGCAGUAACAGCCAAAAUCUCCCCUCCGGAGAGGACAGAAGAGUGUGAUAUAGCUUGUGCUGUUGCGACCCAUAAUUUGGGCGAGUUUGCGGAAAUGAAUGGCAAGAUCGCGGACGCUAGAAAGCAAUAUGAGGAGGCGAAGGCCUUAGCAAAGGGCAUUGGUUUUCAGGAGGGGGUAAUCAACGCAGAGGAGGCUCUGAGACGACUUCAAAACGCGUGA